CGAGCAACAACAAUGUUUUAAAGAAGGUGAAAAAAGAAGGGACAGAGGCUUUAAAAGAAGUCUAGAUCUCCACAAGAAAGUUGAUGAAAAUGUUGGGAGAAAGAUUCGAGAAUGAAGUGAAAAAUGGAAUAGUUCAAAAAAAGGAAAUGGAUGUUGAAGAAUUGUUAAUUCUGCUGAUGAGGUGUAUCGUUGGGGGUUUUGACAGACAUUCUCCUCCAGUUAACAUUAAAAAUGAUAAGAUGGGUACGAAUUUAUUUUUAAUUUUUAUGGCGGGUGGACAAGGUGUUAAUUUUUUAUGUCGGACCUCAAACACCUAUUGGUGAAGAAAUUUUCUAACCUUCCACUUGAGCAGCAAAUUUUUUCCUGCAAGAUGGGUGAAAUUUUCCGACAUGGACAGCGUCUACCCACAAGUUUUUUAACUUUUCCUAGCGAAGGAAAACCUCCCAAAAUUGUUCAAAAAUUGGAGAGAGGUGAAUUAACUAUUGAAGGGAUGAGGCAAGAAUAUCAGCUUGGAAAGCUUUUGAAAACAUUUUAUGGCGAUUUUUUGGGUGAAAUGUACCAUCCUAGAGAGAUAAACAUCAAAAGUGGCCGAGACAACCGAACAUUGACAAGCGCUCAGUUAUUACUUGCCGGCCUAUUCCCUCCUUUAAACGAACAAAUUUGGAACAACCAGCUUUUGUGGCAGCCAAUACCAAUCGAAACUGUUGAAAUUUUGGACCAUCAAUCUUUCGGGAUGUUCGACCAUUGCCCUGAAGGAGAGAGGAAUUUAAAAGAAGGUGAAGGAUAUAAGAGGUUGGAGGGGCUAUUUAAAGAGGAAAUUGAAAAAAUGGAAAAAGACACGCAAAUGAAGAUUGAUGGAAUUUUUAUACUUCAACGAGUGUUGGAUAGCAUCGUUACAAGGUCAAAACUGCCCCAACUUCUUCCUUUGCCUGCUUGGGCUAACUCUUCAAAAUAUUUGGAAGAAAGGAGGAAAAAACAUUUAUCCCUUCAUAUUGGCCUAAUCGAUUUAUUUUUGGAGAGUAUGGGAGGAUGGCAUUUUGAUCAAAUUUUGGGAAGGAUGGAUGACGCUGUUGGGAAGAGGAAUGAUCAAAAAUCGAUGUUGUACUCAGCGCACGACACAAACAUUUUAACAAUUGGCCGCUUUAUGGGCAUUAAACACAUCAACUCAAUCCUUUCGGAUUAUGCCAGCUUUUUGGUAUUUGAAUUACACAGCAAUACAAGUUCUGAUGGGGAAGAAUAUUUUGUGGAAGUGAAAUUUCGUAAUGGACUAAAUGCAACAACAGAAACAUUAAAAAUCGAAAAUUGUCAAAAUCCUUGUCCUCUUUCAAAAUUUCGUAAUCUCGGAAGACGCGUGACCAGUGCCCAGUGGAUACGACAAUGUUUGGGGUCAGAACUUUUGGAUUAUCAAUGUGGAACGUAUGGACCUGUUGCGGGUAAAUUUUAUUUAAUUCUGAUUUUUUCUGGAAAUUCUGAUUUUUUCUAA